CUUCUUCUACCUUCGUUAAAACAGAAAAAAUCUAAAAACUAAUUAAUUUUGUUAAACUAAUAAAAAUUAUUAAUAAAUAUUUAUCAAAAGAUGGAUACAAUAAAAGUCAAUAUCUAAUAAUAAAAAGCUAUAUAAGAUUAAGUGAGAACUCCUUAGUUUGAUAGAGAAUCUUUCAUUGGAUUUUUAAUCAAGGUUUCUAUAUUGCACGAAAGUGAUAUGGAUGAGAUAAAUAAAUUUUCAGAUUAAAUAUAAUCAGAAGAUGAUGCUCUUUAUCAUUUAAGCGAUUAUUUUGAAAGAUUAGGGGAUACAGAGCACUUUGAAAAUGCAGAAAAAACUCUCGAGUCUUAUAAAAAUUAUUUAUUAUAUGGAGAAAUUACAGAUGAAAAUGAUUUUAGCUAAGAUAAUAAAAUUGAUUUGCUUCAACAAUAGGUUAGCACUUCAAAUUAAUCUCCUUUAAAGUAAAGAAACGAGUUGUUUCAUCAUUUACAUCAUGAACCAUCAGAAAUAAAUAAUUAAGAUGCUGAAUAACAAGAAAAUUAUAGCAAAGUAUUAGGAACUAACUAGCUUAAUUCUAGAUUAUCUCAAAAUUCUAGUCCUAAUUAUAGGUAAAGAUACGACUAGUCAAGCUAAAUACAUGAAAGACUUUACCAGUAAGCAUUUAAUAAGCAGGAGUUUUAAAUUUUGAUGGGUGAAAUUAAAAAAGAAUAAGAAAUCAAAGAGUGCACAUUCUCUCCAAAUAUCUCCGCAAGCUUUAAAUCAAAAUCACCAUCACGCCAGUAAAGUUAAUAGGGAAAUAAUGAUUUAGUAUUUUCAAGACUUUCUCAGAAGAGGGCUGUAAAUAUGAAAGAUUAACUCUCCUCAUGGUAAAAAAGAGAAGAAAUAGAGUUUUAAAAGUGCACAUUUCAUCCAAAGAUUAACCUAAUAAAAAAUGACUCUCAUAAAGCAAACAGCUCAGGUCCUUUAAAACAAAAUUCCCAAGAUAAAGUGUUUGAAAGGUUGUAUAAUAAGUAUGGUACAAAUAGUGAAUAAGGCAAAUAAAAUUCAAAUAACAUGUAUAAAAACACAUAAAUAAAAAGCUAAAAAAAUAUGGUAGAUAAAAAUUCUAAUAUGACUUAAAAAGAGAAAGAUAUGCUCGACGAAGAAUAAAUGAUAACACCAGCUAAACUGAAAAACAAAAAAGAUUUCUUAAAAUGGUAAAACUGGAACCAAUAAAAUGAAGAUAACUCAGAAAUAAAUAGCUUAAACUCAGGUUCAUAAUAUUAAUAGCAGUAUUCAUAAUUGCAAAAUAAUUCAAAUAUUGGCUAAAGAAAUGUUUACAGAUAGCAAAACCACUCUCGAAAUAUAACUCCUGUUAAAUUAUAUGGAAAUUAAUAUAGAAGUGCUUCUCCUAUUUCAAAAUAUAAAUAAGAAAAUAAAAGCUAACUAGCUCAGGGAAGUGAUUAUAAGUAAGCUCAUGAGAGGCUUUAUGAUUUACAUUUCCAAAGGUUAAAUAACUAGCUUGUCAAAGAAGUUGAAAAUAAUUUUAUGCAAAAGAAAGAAUUAACAUUUAAACCAGAAAUAUUUACUUAAAAAUACAGAGAAAAAUAUUAAUUUGAAGAUCAAGAAAAUUAGCAAGAACUUUAUUAGAGGCUUUAUGAUAAGGCUGAAAUAUUUUAGUAAAGAUUAGAUUAUAAGAAAAAAGAAAAAGAAGAUUAACUAUAAUAAGAAUUGAAAAAUUGUCAUCCUUAGAUCAAUAAGAAAUCAGAAAUUAUUUUUUAGCAAAGUUACUCUUCAAGUUAAUAAUCUGCUUAUGAAAGGCUCUAUGUAAAUUCAAAACAAAAAGAAAAAAAUUUUGAAAAAUUAAAAUAAAAGGUUUCCUAAGAAGAAGGAUGCACAUUUAAACCAGUAAUUAAUUAAUAUCAUACAAAAAAUAAUAAAAUGUAAUAGCAGAAUAAAAAUUUGAAUGAUAACGGGUAAAAAUAACAUAAAGAAAGCAAAAACUUAAAUAAUUUCUAAGAAUAAAUAGCCAAUAUAAUUAAUAAAUCAAUUUUAAAAAAUGGCAGUUUCUCAAGCUAAGCUUUUUCAUAAAAUUCUUAAAGAUAAAUCGACUUGUAAAAUUAAGAAAAUUCAAGUCAUUAGAAUGAACAGAUUAUAUAGAACUAUAAUUAGAAUGAGAAUGUUUCACCUAAGUAGUAAAUUAUUUAAAAGAAAAACAGUGUCAGUAGCUAAACUAAAAAAUAAGACAUAGAUAGUCUCUCUAGCAUCCCUAAAAGUCCUUAGUAAUAAAUUAGAUAGAAUAGCUCGUUAUUGAUUAAAUAAUAUGAAGAUAAAAACUAAAUUAAUCAAUAAGCUUAAUUACAACCAAGCUCAACAAAAAAUAAAAAUUCUAACCAUCCUUUCAACAUUAAAAAAAAUAAUUUUUUUUCAUGA